GACGACGCGGUGCUCGGCGUGGGCGCGCCGACCGGCGCCGGCUCGGUGCUGUCCGUGGACCGCUUCACCGUGUUCCAGACGGCCGAGCCCGUGUCGGUGCGCGCCUCCUACGGCCCCUUCUCCACCAAGCAGACCGUGCCGGCGAGGUACAUCGUGCCCGACCCCGUGGAGCAGCUGCCCGGACCCUCUCAGGACACGCCGCUGAACAUCUCCCAGCUGGGCGUGGCCCGCCACCUGGACAUGUCGGCGCACAUGGUGCGUGCCGACGUGGCCCGCGACCAGCCCGUGCUGCGCGUGCUGUUCCACACGGGCGGCGAGCCGGCGGCAAGGCAGCAGCACGCCGCGCGCCAGCAGCGCGUCUGCAUCGUGCUGCACGUGAGCGUGCCCGGCAAGGCGCCGCUCACCGCGGCCUGCAGCCCCGACGGCGAGGACGGCGUGUGCCUGGCGCAGGUGACCAUCCCGCACACCUGGUGGCCGCCGCUGCCUCCACGCAAGUCGCCGCCGCGCAAGGCGCCGCCGCGCGUCGUGCAGCUGGCCCACUCGGUGCUGGAGCCGCGCGGCUCGGAGCCCGGCUGCGUGCCGCGGGUGCAGAUCCAGCCCGUGACCCCGCUCGGCACCGCCACCCUGGUGCCCGCCAAGUCCGCCUACCGCGAGUUGCGCGCCGACGAGCGCCUCACCAUCCUGCUGCCGCACGCGCCGCUCUACCCGCUGUCCAGGAUGCACCUGCCCGUCUUCCUGCAGCCCAGGCCCCUCCAGCCGCGCGUCGCCGUGCUCAUCGUCAAGGCGCGCGCGAGGCCGGGGCUGCGGAUCCUGGGCGCGGAGGCCAGCUCGGACGAGUGGUGCGUGAGCGUGGACAUCAACCCCAAGCACACCGUGGCCACCGUGACGGCGCUGCGCCGCCUGCCCGAGGGCACCACCGAAGUGCACUACCAGGACGACCCCAUCGACCCCAAGAGGACCCUGCCUGGAGUGUCCGAGGUGUUCUCCUGGCUGCUGGAGGUGGCCGAGGACUCGACCGAGCUGUGGGAGGACGCCCGCAUCGUGUGGAGCGUGCGCUACGUGCUGGAGGGCGGCUCGCAGAUCCAGGACGGCGUGGAGCAGGAGGGCAGCCCGAACCUCAUGGAGGUGCCUGAGAUGCCUGACGCGGACCCGGCGGACGCCGAGCACGCCGUCGAGGACACGGAGCUGCCGCAGGCUGACGGCCAGCCGCACCAGGGCCACCACCACCAGGGCCACCACGCCCACCACGGCGAGCGCCACCAGGUGCACGGCGAGCUGGUCGAGGAGACGCGCCGCAAGCUGGUGGCGCGCUUCCAGGUGCAGAAGGACGACAUCCAGGCCGUGCUGCCCAUCAGCAAGAACUGGCAGGUGGUGAACACGGCCGUGCUGACGGGCCGCCAGGUCUCGCAGGCCAUGAAGGUGUUCAUCGUGAGCCAGGCGGGCCGCGUCGCCGACGUGACGCUGCAGUCCUCGUGCAAGACGGAGGACGACAGCGUGCUCAAGGUGUCGUCGUCCUGCACCUCGGUGUACGUGGACGGCUCCGAGAUCCGCGGCUCCAGCAACGGCACGGUGCAGGUCAAGUAUGGCACGUACACGGGCAUGGCGCGCUUCACCGUCUGGAUGCCCCAGUUCCCGCUCGAGGUGGCCGUGCAGGACUACCGCCUGUCGCAGAUCAAGGGCUGGCGCGUGCCGGACCAGGACGCCAACCCGGCCAAGUCGAAGCGGUCCGCGGGCAACGGCGAUGACGUGGACGGCUGGGACCACUCGGCCGCCGCGGCCGCCGCCGGCAUGGUGGUGGAGGACGUGCUGCAGCACAACAGCCUGGAGCACGAGCGGCAGUCGGCGUGCCGCGCGCGCUUCCAGCAGAGCCCCGUGGAGGUGUACGCGCGCUUCAAGGCCGAGGACCACGACUCGGGGCGCGAGAGCUACUUCGUGUCGCGGCGCACCCUGCUGCUCGUCACGGACCUGGUGCAGGGCUACAUGCGCGUGUCCGACCCCCGCAUCGCCACGCUGUACGGGCGCGUGGUGCAGGGCCGCAGCAGCGGCCGCACCGAGGUGCAGGUGCUGUCGCCCAUCACGGGCCGCGUCAUCGGCGCCAAGGAGGUGCGCGUCGUGACCGACAAGGUGAGCGUGAGCCGCAUGCUGGUGCGCGUCGUCUCGGGGCUGCAGCUGUCCAUCACGGCCGACUCGUCCACGGAGAACGGCUACGUGGCCGAGACCUCCGUCACGCGCAAGCUCACCGCGCAGUACCAGGAGGGGCUGCUGGACAUCGACAUCGAGUUCUCGGACGGCACGCGCACGCCGCUGCGGGAGGUGGCCGUGCCCGACUACCACCUCAUGGUGGAGAGCCUGGCCCCCGACAUCGUGGCCUUCGCGCCCAUGAUGGCCUCCCCGCACCCCAGGGUGAUCGCCGUGCGCCAGGGCCGCGGCGACCUGCUCAAGGUGACGCUGCUGCCCUCCGAGGUGUGCCGCGCCGUGAUGCGCCGCUCCAAGCCCAAGUCCAUCACCAGCCACGUCCCGCUGGCCGUGGCCACGGCGCAGGUGGAGGUCAACUUCGCCGCCAGCGACGUCGCGCAGCGGCCCGAGUUCGUGCAGAACGACGGCGGCGGCAUGGCGGGCUCCAGCAGCAAGGACAGGAAGGGCGGUCGCGACCUCGCCCCCGACCUGCACGACAUCCUCAUCGGCAUCCCCCUCAAGGACGAGAACAACCACGAGCCCACGGUGCAGGCGCGCCAGCACCACUCGUCGGGCAGCAGCGGCGGCUCCCUGGGCGGCAUCCUGGGCGGCAUCGGGCACACGGCGGUGAUCGCGGCGCCGGGGGGCGCGCGCCACCACGGCAACAUGCACACCACGCCGCUGGAGAUCGGCAUGUACGUGCUGCUGGCCGCCUUCUGCUUCGCCAUCGUCGUCUUCGUCGUGUCGUGCGUGGUGUACGCCUCCAAGUUCAGCCCUCAGCAGCUCGACCCCAUGGCGCCGCUGGGCCAGCCCGGCCAGCCCGGCAUCCCCGGCGCGGGCCUGGGCUCGGUGCUGGGCCGCGGGCCGCCGGGCCUCAGCAUGUCGGGCAUGGGGCUGGGCAUGGGCAUGGGCAUGGGCGUGUCGAUGCUCAAGCGCCACCAGCCCAGGGACUCCACCACCAACGUGCACGACUGGGUGUGGCUGGGCAGGGCCACCAUGGAGCGCGGCGUGGGCGCGCCGCAGCACGUGGCCCCCACCACCAACUCCAGCGCGCGCUCCGGCCCGCCGCUCAACAUCAACAACAACCCGCAGGUGAUGAACAUCACCACCAACCCCAACUACGCCGACCCCUCCGACGUGACCGAGGAGAUGGAGCUGGCCAUCGCGGAGUGCCUGAGCAAGCCGGAAGUGGUGGUGAUCGCCGAGCCGGUCGCCUCGCCCCGCAUCGACAGCGCCACCUACUGCAAGAAGGACAAGGACAAGGGCCACGGCGGCCACGGCGCGCGCGACAAGGACAGAGACAGGCGCGGCGAGAAGCGGCACCACCACCAUCGCUCGCACAAGGCCUCGCAAGAAGCCAACGCCGACAGCUGGAAACUGACUCCGCCUCCACCGCCACUUCCAGCGCAUGGCUCAUCGCCCGAGAGACGAGCUCCUAUUCCAGUCGAGGAUCCAGAUUACAAGCCUCCAGUUCCACCACACCGGAAUAUCCCUCAGCUGAACGACGAGGAGCCGGCGCCCAUCCAGCCUCGUCGACACCACCACCACCACCACAACCGCAAUAACAUCAACAACCAAUGCAAUAAAGGCGGCCCAAAAGACCAGGGGAGGCACUCCACAGAAGAGGAAGAUGAAGAGGACGAUCUUCCAGAUCCCACUUUUGUAGAGUUUCCUGAAACAUCUCCCGGUCCAUCUCAGCUUCAGGGAGUGAGUGCUGAAGUGAAGAGGGCCAACAUUGUUGGGAACCCUAUGUUCUCGUCGACGGAAGAGGAAGAUGAGGAAGAUGACGAUGAAGAUGAGGGUGAGGUGCAAAGGGUACGGGAGGAGUUGCUCGGUCUCGACGACCUCAACAUGGACUAUGACCAAAUAAUGGAAUACUUUGACAACCUUAAGGAGUCUAAUGCCUAGACCUAUUCCUAGUUUCAGAAAUAAUUUCUGUUGUGUUGGCAAUAUGUCAUGGUGGUAAGCCUCAGCCUAUUCUAGUCAUGUGUACAAUUCCAUAGCAGGGAGUUAACUUUCAACAUGUUAGGUCCUUGUUAAGAGGAGCCAAUCAUAAAAUAUUGUACGCUUUUCACUAUGAGUUUUAAUGUGAGUGAGCUGUUGCUAUUGUUAGUCAAAGCACAAAAGUCUCUUUAUGUUUGUUCAAACAUUGCUAUGUAUUAUAAUAUAAGCUUUAUGUGGUUUUAUUCUUGUAUAAUGCAUUCUGUAGGCUUUAUUUAUGGACACCAUGAGAAAAAAAAAGCACCGACAGUAUGAUCUCUCUGUCUUUAGUAGGGAGAACUCCUCAGGACCUUCUGGUACCAUUAUUUCUCCUAUGGUACUUUGUACAUUUUUUCCGUGAGGGCAUGUGAUGCUCGUUUUUGCCUGUGUAGUGAUAAAUUGUGAAUUUGGCUUUAGUGAAUCACAUUGCAGGCAAAAUUCUUUUCUAUUUCUUGGGAGUUUCUCACUGCUGAUUUUCAGAACAAAAAAUUCUGGCUAUAUGAAUGAAAGGCAUUUUACCAUUAGAUCAUAAUUUUAAUGGGCUAUAUUUCUUUUCUUUUUUUUCUCUUUUUGUUACUGUGUUGUUAAUGUUUUACUGUCAUAUAAUUUAUUUAUCCAUUGGCAUGAAAAGAAUAGCAUUUGAUUUGCUGUUGGUGCGGAAAAUUUACUACCUUCCAUAGUCUUAGUUCAUGUUCUGGGUUUUCCCUGUAUCUUCCCAUAGUUUGUCCUUGUCGUCAUGUUGUGCUUCCUGCAAGUUUUGUUGUUCUCUGAGGGAGAACUCAUUUGAAAAGCAGGAUACAAGAUAUUUCUGUGUUAAGUUACCAUUUCAUUCAGUAUUCAUCCAACAGAGAGAAUGUUACAGUUUUCAUUCCUGAGAUAUUUAUAUUUAUAGUUCUAUGAGAUCUUAAUGUUUUAUUGUACUAUGAUAUUAAUUUUAUUAUUUUAUCCUAUAUUUAUUGCUCUGGUUACGUUUUUUUUGUUUGUUUAGCUCACAUGUUUCUUUACACUUAAUUUUUUAAAUUAUUUUUUGUAUCCUAGAUUGCAAUAUGAAAACGAAAUACUCAAAUUACCAACACCACCUUUGAAAAGAUACAAACUACCCCACAUUGAAGAUCUCUAUCCAUAUCAGUAAAACAGUUUUUGACACUGGCUGUUACUUUAAAACUGCUUGUCUUUGUUAUGUGGUGCUUCAAUCUAGUUACAAGAAUGAAAUUUCGAACUGCUUAAUGAAUUAGAAUUAGAGAUGUUCAUAGUAGCGUGUAUUGUCACAAACUCCUGAUCCUAUCAGUACGUUAAGUAUGCUGUUAUUUAUAAUUCUAGUCCCUGAAUCAAGGCAUACCUACCAUUAAAUAAGCGCAGCUGGCUUGAAUCGGAUUGUACAUGUAUGAUAUAUGCUAUGUUGUAUAUACUUACAGGUUUUUUUUGUGGUUGUUUAUUUUAGUGCAGAGCUGCGUAAAAU